AAGGAAAUCUUAAGCUGGCUUGGCAGCAGGGAGCCGGGAGAGGCAGCUCCCACCCUCAGCGCUCACCCCCGCCUACACCUUGGGCGGGCCGAAGUGUCACGUUAGCAAUUGCUCAGGAAGGAUCCUGCCGAGCUGCAGUUUCUGCUGCCUGUCUGGGGAGCGAUGCCUAAGCGGCAUGCUGCUUGCUAGUCAGCACCCCGCCAGAAUCCGACUGCGUUAGUUAGCCCUCCGGGUCACCUGAGGCAAUCGCCAGGCCGCCCGCUUCCGGUACAGACCAGCCAGCUGUCUCCAGAAAUCUCAUCAGAACAGAACCAUGGGGCAUCCUCCGCUGGAGUUCAGUGACUGCUACCUGGACAGCCCCGAUUUCCGCGAGAGGCUCAAGUGUUAUGAGCAGGAACUGGAGAGGACCAAUAAAUUCAUCAAAGACGUAAUCAAAGACGGCAACGCGCUUAUCAGCUCAAUGAGAAAUUAUUCCUCUGCUGUUCAGAAAUUUUCCCAGACGCUGCAGUCCUUUCAGUUUGAUUUCAUUGGAGACACUCUGACUGAUGACGAGAUUAACAUUGCUGAAUCCUUCAAGGAAUUUGCCGAAUUGCUCAACGAGGUAGAAAACGAGAGGAUGAUGAUGGUACACAAUGCUAGUGAUUUGCUGAUCAAACCCCUGGAAAAUUUCCGGAAGGAACAAAUAGGCUUCACAAAGGAGCGGAAAAAGAAAUUUGAAAAAGAUGGUGAGAGAUUUUAUUCCUUGCUGGAUCGGCACUUACAUCUGUCUUCUAAAAAGAAAGAAUCUCAAUUGCAAGAGGCAGACCUCCAGGUGGACAAGGAGAGGCACAAUUUCUUCGAGUCUUCCCUUGAUUAUGUUUAUCAAAUCCAGGAAGUCCAGGAGUCUAAGAAGUUCAAUAUUGUAGAGCCAGUCUUGGCCUUUCUUCAUAGUCUCUUCAUUUCCAACAGCCUGACGGUGGAGCUUACACAGGAUUUCCUCCCAUAUAAACAGCAGCUCCAGCUCAGUUUACAGAAUACAAGAAAUCAUUUCUCCAGUACCCGGGAAGAGAUGGAAGAACUUAAGAAAAGGAUGAAAGAAGCUCCGCAGACAUGCAAACUUCCAGGACAGCCAACCAUUGAAGGCUAUCUCUAUACGCAAGAGAAAUGGGCUUUGGGAAUAUCCUGGGUGAAAUACUACUGCCAGUAUGAGAAAGAGACCAAAACCCUCACCAUGACACCUAUGGAGCAGAAGCCAGGUGCUAAGCAGGGGCCCUUGGACUUAACCCUGAAGUACUGCGUGAGAAGGAAGACGGAGUCUAUCGAUAAGAGAUUCUGUUUUGAUAUAGAAACUAAUGAAAGGCCAGGAACCAUCACUCUGCAGGCCCUUUCAGAAGCUAACAGAAGACUAUGGAUGGAGGCCAUGGAUGGGAAAGAACCUAUCUACCACAGCCCCAUAACGAAGCAGGAAGAAAUGGAGCUGAAUGAAGUUGGGUUUAAGUUUGUCAGGAAGUGCAUCAAUGUCAUUGAGACCAAAGGAAUCAAGACAGAGGGAUUGUACCGUACCGUGGGCAGCAAUAUUCAGGUUCAGAAGCUGCUGAAUGCCUUUUUUGAUCCUAAAUGCCCAGGAGAUGUUGAUUUUCAUAAUAGUGACUGGGACAUUAAGACAAUCACCAGCUCCUUAAAAUUCUACCUCAGGAAUCUUUCUGAACCUGUCAUGACCUAUAGACUUCACAAAGAGUUGGUCUCUGCUGCCAAGUCUGACAACCUGGAUUACCGGCUGGGAGCUAUUCACUCCCUGGUAUAUAAGCUCCCAGAAAAGAACCGAGAGAUGCUGGAACUUCUUAUAAGACACUUGGUCAAUGUGUGUGAGCACAGCAAAGAGAAUCUUAUGACCCCCUCUAACAUGGGGGUGAUCUUUGGACCCACUCUGAUGAGAGCUCAGGAGGACACUGUGGCUGCCAUGAUGAACAUCAAAUUCCAGAACAUUGUGGUGGAAAUCCUAAUUGAACAUUUUGUUAAGAUAUAUUCAGGUCCACCUGAGGAAAGUACUGCACCCCCAGUGCCUCCUCCUCGAGUGACAGCAAGAAGGCACAAACCUAUCACAAUUUCGAAGCGCUUGCUGCGGGAAAGGACAGUUUUCUAUGCUUCUUCCCUGGAUGAAAGUGAAGAUGAAGUCCAACAUAGAACACCCAAUGGUACUAUCAUCAGCAGUAUAGAACCCCCUAAGCCACCACAAUACCCCAAAAUGCCUAUUCAGAAAAGUGGAGAAGCCGAUCCUGGGAGGAAAUCCCCAAGCAGGCUUGUUUCAGAUGGCAAGGUGGAGUCCUGCCUCGAGGUGGAUGUGGGGAAGUUGGUGUCUAGGCUGCAGGAUGGAGGGACCAAAGCCAUACCAAAGGCCACCAAUGGACCUAUGCCAAGCCCUGGGCCCACCAAGGCCCCCUCUUUCCAUGUAAAGAGACCAGCUCCUCGGCCCCUGGCUCACCACAAGGAGGGAGACCCUGACAGUUUCAGCAAAUUGCGUCCUCCAGGAGAAAAGCCAACCAUCAUCCGCCCCCCUGUGAGGCCUCCCGACCCUCCCUACCGGGCAGCUACUCCCCAGAAACCAGAACCAAAGCCAGAUACUGUAGCCGGCAAUGCAGGGGAAAUCCCAUCUUCCGUGGUGGCUUGCAGGACCAGGUUCUUUGAAACAGCGUCCCGGAAAACAGGAAGUUCUCAAGGCAGACUUCCUGGAGAUGAGAGUUGAGGCCUCAGGUUUUAAAAGCCUUGGCCUCAGGGGACACUUUCCAGGUUCUAGAAGGGUCUUCUUCAAACCCUUGUGUGCUGAGUCCUUUUGUGAUGAAGAGCAGAUCUUUCCUGUCCCUGCACCUUCAGGCUCUGGGAUGCUAUAAAAUAAGGGACACAUGUCCUAGACACAAGUUUAUUUCUCCUUUGUAUUCUGUCUUCAUUCCCUCAGAAGGUCUACCUUGAGCUCCUGUAAGACUGUGAGUGGCUGAACUCCCUCCCUCAAGCCAGACUGCAGAAACCAAGCUAUCCCCUGACCUGAGUCGAAGAGAAGAGCUCACUUUUCAACUCUUCUCUGAACUUCCUGCUUCCUCAAAAGGCCAUCCCACUCUGAAAGAUUUGGGGCUGAAGACUGAUCUCAGAGGUCUUACCCUGAACUAGAAGUUACUUGAGUUGGGAGCCAUUGCUUACCUUGGAAGUAGAGGAGUGGGAGUGUUUGCUGAACAUUGGAGAAUCUUAACAUGUCUCUUACUGAGGAUAUAGACCCUGGUGCCAGGUUGGAGCUCUGGCCCUACGUGCCAAGAAUGUGUCUGCUCCCAUGGGGUCAGACAGAAUGAGUGAUGCCCCCACAGCCCCUCAUAUAGACUCAGGAAGUUGACCUUCCUGCUCAGCCUAUAGCCACUUAGGACAAAUCUGUAAAGCAUGUUUUGCAUGUCAAAGCUUAGGUCUGUUUGAAUUAUUCCUCCUGUUUUCUCCUGACAGCCUCCUUUCCAAGCAAUCAAGAAAGGAACAAAAGCUGAAAACAGUUCUUUUUAAAAAGGCAGCCUGUGUUUCUCCUGUGGGAGUUCCAGUUUUGGGUCAAAUGCUGGGGAAAAAAUUGUUAAGAUGGAUUGAGGCCUGGCAGCUGCCACUGUUGCUUCAUGUUUGCCUUCUGCAGAUAAGCUCUUUUACCUCCUGAAAGAAACAAUCUUAACCCACUAUCUAUGGAUUCAAGAACUUCAUAAAGUCUCUGAAAUGAUAUGCAGACUUCCAUGACAAUGUGCCUUUUCUGGAGAGAUGAUCCAUAGCAUUCUACUGAAUUUCAAAUUGGGCCUAUGACACAAUAAAGGUUAAUAAUCUCAGCCCUUGAGAUAAAAAACCUUUUCUAUAACCCAUAAAAUAUUUGAUUGGAAAGGCUUUUCAAAAUUACUUAGUCUAACCACCUAGUUUACCAUUGGUGAAAGUGAGGCAGAGCAAGGUAGCAGCCAUGCUUAAACAAGAUCCCACAUCCUUGGGCUCCUACACAAGGUUCUUUCCAUUACACAAUGAUUAUCUAUCAAGGGGCCAUAUGAUUGGUGGCUUUAGUGGUCAUCAUUUUGAAGGUUUAGCUUUUACCCUCUUUCUUGAGCCCUUUGCCACCAAAUGGGACUUCCAGACGUAAGUUCCUGGUUUCCUCAUUUGCUAUUUCAAUCAUUGGAAAGGAACUAAAACACCAUAGGUCUACACCCAUUGAGUCAGAAAUCUGAGGAGUAGACAUUUCUGAUUCCUGUUUGUUGAAAAGAAGCUGCUGGAGAAAGUGUCGUUGCUCAUGUUUCUAUGCAGAUGCUUUGGCUUUAGGGGAGACUUAGAUAGUCUGUCUUUAGGGUCUGUGUAAUGACAGUGUGGUCCAGUGUGAGAGAAAGGGCUUUCCUACUUGGAGUCUUCUAGCAAGGCCCCACUAGUGAACUGACUAUGGUACUGAUAAAGAAGCAUAGACAUGGGGAGAGGGGUUGGGAGGAGAGGGAGAUGGACGAAGGAGAAGAGAGACAGAAAGCACACAUGCCCAAACCAACUCUAAGAGACCUUUGGAACGGUGUUACUGAAAGGCAAUAGUUAAUUUCAGGACUGAAGUCUAAACAUACUGAGGGCCUUUGUGAAAAUAAUUGAGUAGAAACUUGAUGCCAUUUUUAAUGAAGACAUGCCCGUGUGGCCAUACUGAACUCUCAACUCUACCCAGUCUCAAAGGCCAAUUUGCUAAGAAACCAGUAGCAAGAGGUCCAGGUGGCCACCAUUCUACCUGCUGCUCACCCCCAAGGGGAGUCUCUGUGAGACCUGCUGGCCUCCUUCAGGAAGUACUCAUUGAGCCCUAAUCUCAGAAAUGUGGCCUCUCUGCUCUGUCCCAUUAGAUGACUGACUCAAGCAAGCAAGUGUGCAGAUUUUGGCCAUAGAAACAGUAGACAAUGUGGCCUCAGUACCUUUGAAGAUAUUGGAGACAUGGUUUCAUUCUGGUUUUCUUGAAGCAAAAUACCAUAAUCACCACUACAGAUAUUGAGAGAUUAUUGAAAACCAGAGAAAGCCACUGCAAUCCCAGUGUAAUACGUGUCCCAGAAAUGUGACUGUGAGAUUGCUGUGUGUUUCUUGGGAUGCAGAUCAAGAGCCUGGCUUAAAGAGUUGGGACCACCAGUCUGACUGGAAGCCAGGGAACAGUGGCUGGCUAGCUCAGCUCCUGCCCUAGGCUAUUCCCAAAGAAUUCCAAAGAAUGAACCUCAUACCUCCCACUUUGUUUUCUGAUUUAAAGAGCAAAAACUUCCAUGGUGAAGCACACUGUCAUGGAAUAGAACGAAACUGACUUGGCCUAGGCUUGAUGAAUGGAUAGUCAUUCAGAAAAGGCAAUGGGAAGGGGGUGAUAAUUGAAGCAUGUCAACUCUAGAAAAUUAUCUGCAUACCUCGGCCAGCAAGUUAAAGAAACUGGCAAUUGAUGAACUAUAAAUCUUGAACUGAGAGUGAUAACAUUUAUUAAACACAUACUAAGUGCUAGUGGUUCAUAUACAUUAUCUCAGUUAGUCCCUACAACAAUCAUGCAGUAGAUACUACCUUCCUCAUAUUACAUGUAAAGGAUUUAUGGCCCAGCUGGUUAAAGUAACUGGCUCAAGGUCAUACAGAAAGUAAAUAAUAAGACUGAUUCUAAUACAGGCCUCUCUGACUCUGAAUCCCAUGCUGUUUUCCUGUUGCCACACAAAGGCCUUAUUACUGGAGCCGGCAUGACUUUUCAACUCUUGCCUGCUUAACAAGUAUUAAAAAUCAAGCAUUUGACGGGAAGGAAAGGAUGCAGGUCCAGUUUACAGAGGAACAAAAAGUGGGCUGGGAGAGAUUUCUGAGUUGCGUUUUCUCCUCAUCUUCUGUGUGCCCAUUUGGUAAUGUUUUUAAAAUGAUCAUCUAAUUUUACGUGUGAAGUGAAGGAUUUAUUUUUUAGUUGGUAAUUGUCAAGUCCUCGAUUUAGCUGUUUUUCAAAGAGGAAAAGGUCCUUGUAUGUGUUUGUUACUUCAUCAAGGUUCUAGCAUGUGCAGUUUCAGCCCAAGAGACUGGGACAUCUACACAUGCAGUUUGGAGAAGUAGAAGUGGUCUUGGUACCUCUGCACUACUUAAUGUCUGGUAGUCAAAACCUAUGUUUUUUUCUGUGGUGACAGCAAAAGUUAAGAGAUGAUUUAGAAUAAGAAAUAUUAUUGAAGUUUUUGUUUAAAAAAAAAGAUGAAGGGUAUUGUCUAGCCACUGAGGGGCAAAGCAUAGCAUCCAAAUUCAGUGAUAAAAUAGUGUCAUGUAGAGUGUUUCUAAAAUAACUUGCUAUCAUGGGAAAGAAUCUUUCUUUUUUCAAGAAGUUCCUUAAUUCUGUAAUAACUAGAACAAAUAAAGUAGUAGAAGUAUUUCUGUGACUAGAAAAAAUUGCUUUUGAGAGAAUGUAUAUCAAUGAUACUAUUUUUAAUGUGGAUGCAGAUAAAUGGCCUUGACACAUUACAAACCCAGAAAAAGUUUUGGAAGUAUUUUAAAAUUGCAGAGAAAAGCAAGAUACCUUGAAGAAAUGUUUUUGAUGGGAAAAAAAAGCCUUCAUUUUCAUAAGGAAAAGAUUCACUUGAUACUAAGGACAUUAGUAGAUACUAGAAAGACUGCUUAUGUGAAAUACAUAUGUAACACCAGAAGAAAAGGAAUUAGAUCCUGGGGCCCAUUCAUGUGACUUUCAAUAAAAUAUGCAGACUGCCUAGUA